GUCUCUCUUUGCCUCUCUGUGCCUGCAUGAAACGGCGCAAUCGGCCUGUUCCACCGCCGCGAUCUGCGUCGGCGCAAAACGAGGUAGAGAGACGAAUUGAAUCGGACUCUUUCUCAAACGAGUGCUAAAUUCCUGCAGCUAUGGUACGAGGACUAGGUCAUUCCGCAGGGCCUUGCUUAAGGCAGCUGGCUCGCAAGCGGACGGCAACAAUCAGAAGCUCCUGGGCCGCUUGUGCCUCUCGAGGGUUCUGUACGGGCACUGGUUUAUCAACACAGGUGGCUUCGGCUUCUUCGACACAUGCGGGACUGCAGCCUGUCGACUACGCACCGGCCACAAAGCCACCGAGCGCGAGACCAAUCGAUACCAGGAAGAGCCAACUUAUUCGGACGUACACGUCGCUAUUACGAACGACGCCCCUUGUUCUGUUCUUCCAGCAUAGCAACUUGACGGCGGUGGAAUGGGCGGCGGUGAGGCGUGAGCUCAAAAAGGCCUUGGCCGCUGUCCCAACCCCUGUCGCUAUGGACGGGACGGUGUCGAUGGACCUCUCUCCACGAGUUCAACUCCAGGUUUUGCGCACCAACAUGUUCGAUGUGGCUUUGAAGAUCGUCGAAUUCUACGACCCAACAGCGGCAGCGGCGUCGGCCCUCACGGCGCGAACAGAGCGUGGCCCGCUCGUGCACGACUUGUCGCGAGCGGCGUACGAGACACUCCGUAAAACCGAGAUCCCCAUCGAUUCUAUGUACGCGCAAAUCGAGCCGCUCAUGGUUGGUCCGUUGGCCUCUCUCGUGAUGCCAGCCGUCUCCCCAGCCCAUCUGGCUGCUGCGUUGAGCGUCCUUGCACCGAUUCCGGGCAAGUUUCCGGCGCCGACGAGAAAGAAGAACCCGGGCUACCACGAUCCGACCUGUCAAAACGGCUUGGCUAAGCUGCUACUCAUUGGUGGGCGGAUAGAAGGCAAGGUUUUUGACCAGGCUGGCGUCACUCGGGUGGGCGGCAUUGAGGGCGGCAUGGAUGGGCUGCGCGCUCAACUUGUUGCUCUCCUCCAGGGCGCGGGUUUGGGUAUCACGAAUGCUCUGGAAGGCGGCAGCAGGAAUUUGUGGCUGACCCUGGAAGGGCGCAAGAGCCAGCUGGAGGAUGUGCCAAAAUCAUGAGAGUGGCCUUGGCCGGCUUGUGGUGUGACGAUAUUGUAAUGGAUAGAUCAAGAUGUGUGACAGUUCGUGUAUAAAUGAAACUAGAUAUACUUAAGCAUAAUGUAGGGGACGAGGCCGCGCGAUUGUCA